CCCCCAUCACCCGCAAUCCCACCAUCACCACCAUCACCUUUUACUACAAGUAAACACUCUUAUCUCUCUUCAAACUUACCCUUUCUCACCACAUCUUCUCUCAAACUCCAAAUGGCUAUUAGAAAAUCACACAAACUACCUCAAACAGCAGUCCUCAAGCAAAUCCUCAAGAGAUGCUCCAGUUUAGGCAAGAAACAUGGCUAUGAUGAUGAUGGCCUCCCUCUUGACGUGCCAAAAGGGCACUUUGCUGUGUAUGUUGGUGAAAACAGAAGUAGAUACAUUGUUCCAAUCUCAUUUUUGAGCCACCCUGAGUUUCAAUCCUUGCUUCAAAGAGCAGAAGAGGAAUUUGGCUUUGAUCAUGAUAUGGGCCUUACUAUCCCUUGUGAAGAAGUAGUUUUUCGAUCUCUAACAUCAAUGCUCAGAUGAAAAGAUCGAUGAUCAGUAGGGUGAUGGCGGUGCAUGUUUGCUUGGAGAAGAUGGCUUAAGAUGAAGCUACACUAUAUUUAGCUUCUCUUUUUUUAACAUCUUCUCAAUUGUGAUUCGUGAUCCUGUUUUUUUUUCAUGUAUUCUCUCUUUGAAACCCUGCUGGGUUCUUAUGUCUAAUUAAUUACUAACUUAGAACCCAUGAAAAGAAUGCAUGGGUUUGAGAUGUAAAAAGUCUGGUUUUCCUCACAGAUGUUAGUUGUUAACACCACUGUGAGAGAAGCAAGGAUUAAUGCAAAGGGUGAUUUGCCUGUUUAGCUGCACAAA